AUGUUUCUUUAAACUUCAAAAUAUUAUGUGCUCUCAAUGAUUGGAGAAGGUUAAGUUCAUUAAGUGUUUAAAGUUGUGCAUAAUCUAAGUUAAAAACUGUUUGCCUUCAAAAUGGAAAAAUAUCCCAUGUCAGGCUAAAUAGAGAAUGAGAUUAAAAUCCUUCAAGAAUUAAAUGAAGUAGAAGGAAUCCCUAAAUUAAUACAUCAUGGAAUAAAUCCAGAAAAAAAGUAUGAACUAUUUAAUAAAUUUAGAAGCUAUCUUAUUCUACCUCUCCUAUAUUGUAGUUUACUCGAUUUAGUAAAAUCUUAGCAAAUAUCCUUAUCAUGUAUAUUGGCUAUUGGAAUAAGCCUUAUAUAGACUUUAGAAAAAAUGCAUAGAAAAAGCAUCUUACAUCUAGAUAUUAAACCAGAAAAUAUAAUGAUAUCACAAAAAAUAUAAAAAUAUUCAGAAGAUUAACUUCUAUAGCCUGGAUUUAUUAAAUUAAUUGAUUUUGGAUUAUCUGAGUUUGAAGAAAAUAGAAAAUUCUUAAAAAAUGUAUUUAUAGGUUCGUUAAACUUUGCAAGCAGAGCAUUCCAUAAAGGGGAAAAAUUAGGUUAUAAAGAUGAUUUGGAAAGUUUACUCUAUGUCUUAGUCUAUUUGAAAAAUUGUAUUUAUGUUCAUUUUACAGUAGUUAAAUUGCCUUGGUCUAAAAUUCCUUCAAUAGGAUUAAUUGAUAUGGAUAUUAAAUUUAUUGGAGACAUCAAAACUACCAUGUUUAACACAAUGACAUUAUCCUAUUAAUUCCCUCUUGAAUUCUCAAAGUUUAUGUCUUACAUUGAUGAACUUAAGCAUUAUGAAAUGCCAGAUUAUUCUUACAUUAAGGAGUUGUUUAUAAAAAUGUUAAAAACAACUUCUAUUUCUCAUAAUAUGGACUCAUUUUUGAAUUAUUCUCCAAUUUAAUCUAUUACACAACUAGGAAAUUCGAAAACAUUAGAUAUUCCAGUUGAAAAACAUCUUUUAAAUAAUGACUCAAUUUAAACAUAAAUUUAAGAAGAUAUUAUUGAUAUUGAACCUAUAUUCGUACAUCCAUCUAAUUUGAUUGGAAAAUAUACAACUCUUCAAAUCAAAUCAAUUUCAGAUUUAAAAUUUUCAUGA